UAAAACAGCCGAAAACGAUUGAGAAUUGAGAAAACUACAAUUACUACUUAACCAAACCUGUACCACAAAGUUUGUUACGUGCGAAGUUGAAUAGGUGUAUCUGAAAAGGUACGGGAAAACAACAUUAUGUUGACCAACUUUGAGACGAAAUCGGCCCGUGUGAAGGGUUUAUCGUUCCACCCCAAACGCCCAUGGAUUCUGGCCAGUUUGCAUAGCGGUGUCAUACAGCUGUGGGAUUACCGUAUUAGUACGCUGAUUGAGAAGUUCGACGAGCACGAUGGCCCGGUCCGUGGAAUCGCGUUUCACAACCAGCAACCUCUGUUCGUAUCCGGUGGAGAUGAUUUUAAAAUCAAAGUAUGGAACUACAAACAGCGGCGUUGCAUCUUCACGCUUCUGGGCCAUCUGGAUUACGUUCGUACCACGGUGUUUCAUCAUGAGUACCCGUGGAUUUUGAGUGCAUCAGACGAUCAAACCAUUCGCAUUUGGAAUUGGCAAUCACGAUCGUGCAUUUGCGUGCUUACUGGCCACAACCAUUACGUCAUGUGCGCCCAAUUCCAUCCCAGCGACGAAGACAUAAUUGUAUCAGCGUCACUUGACCAAACAGUCCGUAUUUGGGAUAUUUCGGGGCUGCGUAAGAAAAACGUGGCCCCUGGACCAACGGGACUGGAUGAUCACAUGAAGAACCCUGGCGCAACGGAUCUCUUCGGUCAAGCGGAUGCCGUCGUAAAGCAUGUGCUCGAAGGGCACGAUCGUGGCGUAAAUUGGGCUAGUUUUCAUCCCUCGAUGCCGCUGAUCGUGUCGGGAGCGGACGAUCGGCAGGUGAAACUGUGGCGCAUGAACGAAUACAAAGCAUGGGAGGUGGACACGUGCCGCGGCCAUUACUACAAUGUUUCCUGUGUAUUGUUUCACCCUCGCGCAGAUCUGAUCAUAUCCAACAGCGAAGAUCGAAGCAUCCGCGUGUGGGACAUGACUAAGCGCCAGUGUAUCCACACGUUCCGACGAGAAAACGAACGUUUUUGGAUUCUAGCGGCCCAUCCCAACCUGAAUUUGUUCGCAGCUGGACACGAUUCGGGUACGAUCGUAUUUAAACUUGAGCGGGAACGUCCUGCAUAUGCUGUGUACGGAAAUUGUCUUUACUACGUGAAGGAACGGUUUCUACGCGAGCUUGAUUUCAACACCAACACGGAUUCGGUCGUGAUGACGAUACGCGGUGGUGGAAAAACACCCGUGUACAGCAUGUCGUACAAUCCGGCUCUCAAUGCGGUACUGCUGUGCACGCGCACUUCCAACUUGGAGAACAGCACUUACGACCUGUACAGCAUUCCACAGAAGGAUAGUGGAUCACAAAAUAAGGAAACAGAUAGCAAACGAUCGUCAGGUGUGACGGCAGUCUGGGUAGCGCGGAAUCGUUUCGCUGUCCUAGAUCGAGCUAAUCAGUUGGUCAUAAAGAACUUUAAAAACGAGGUGACCAAGAAAAUCCAGACUCCUACAUGCGAUGAAAUAUUCUACGCCGGCACGGGCAUGCUGCUGUUGCGCGAACCAGAGCAUGUGACCCUGUUUGAUGUGCAGCAGUUGCGCUCACUGGCCCAGGUGAAGAUUGCCAAGUGCAAGUACGUUGUCUGGUCGACCGACAUGAGCCACGUUGCAUUGCUGGCAAAGCACACACUAAAUAUCUGCAACAGGCGCUUGGAUCUACUGUGCUCCAUUCACGAGAGUGCACGAAUCAAAUCGGGUGCCUGGGAUGAAUCCGGCGUUUUCAUUUACACCACCUCGAACCACAUCAAGUAUGCGAUAAUCAAUGGAGACCAUGGCAUCAUCCGUACCCUCGAUCUUCCGAUCUACAUAACACGCGUCAAGAACAGUCAAGUGUUCUGUCUGGAUCGGGAGUGUCGCACACGUUUGCUUACGAUCGAUACGACAGAGUACAAGUUUAAACUGGCCCUGAUUAAUCGGAAAUACGAAGAGGUGCUGCACAUGGUGCGUAAUGCUCGCCUCGUGGGCCAGAGUAUCAUUGCGUAUCUGCAGCAGAAAGGCUACCCGGAAGUGGCGCUUCAUUUCGUAAAGGACGAAAAGACACGAUUUGGACUGGCCCUCGAGUGCGGUAACAUCGAAGUGGCCCUCGAAGCAGCCAAAGCGAUGGACGACAAGCAGUGCUGGGAACGUUUGGCACAAAGCGCUUUAAUGCAGGGCAACCAUCAAGUGGUGGAGAUGUGCUACCAGCGCACAAAGAAUUUUGAUAAAUUGUCAUUCCUCUAUCUGAUCACGGGAAAUCUGGAAAAGCUGAAAAAGAUGAACAAAAUCGCCGAAAUACGCAAAGAUGUCUCUGCUCAGUAUCAGGGCGCACUGCUGCUUGGCGACGUUAAGGAACGAGUAUCAAUUUUGAAAAACUGCAAACAAACAUCCCUCGCAUAUUUAACUGCAAAGACCCAUGGUUUGGAUGAGGACGCUGCGCAACUGGCGGAGGAAUUCGAAGCAGAGGGCAAAGAUUUACCGGAAGUGAACGGAAACGCUAUGUUCCUUCGACCACCUGUUCCGAUUCAGCAAGCAGAGAGCAACUGGCCUUUGCUCACCGUAUCGAAGGGAUUCUUCGAAGGCACGAUGAUGUCGCGUGGAGCCAGUACAGUUCAUCAGGCUUUGGCGCCGACGGAGACGGUGGUCGAAUCGGCUGCGGAAGAGGAUGGUUGGGGCGUAGACGAUGAUCUACAAGACGGUGAUCGGUUCGAAGACGCGAAGGAGGAUGAUGAAGGAAAAAUGGAAGCUGGUGGUGAAGGUGCCGGUUGGGACGUUGACGAAGAAUUGGAGCUACCCGAAGAGUUGAUGUCGAAACUUACGGCAACGAAUGCUGCUGGUACUAAGAAUUACUUUGCCGCGCCCCCAAAAGGACACCCACCAUCGCACUUCUGGGCUAUCAAUUCCCAACUGGCCGCAGACCAUGUCCGUGCUGGUUCGUUCGAAUCUGCUUGUCGUUUGCUGAACGAUCAGGUGGGCGUGGUAAACUUCGGACCAUAUAAAGAUCUUUUCUUGGAGUCGUAUGUAGCGUCCAAAACGUCCUACAGCAGUUUGCCACACGUCGCCUCGCUAACGGCACACCCGAAUAGGAACUGGAAGGAGUUGAAUCCGAAAAAUGGGCACCCUACCCUUGCCUUCAAGUUGAACGAUCUUGUUCAAAACCUGCAAAACUGUUAUCAGCUAACGACAACAGGAAAAUUUGGCGAAGCCAUAGAAAAGCUGCAGAACAUCAUCCUUUGUAUACCGUUGCUCGUCGUUGAAUCACGCCAGGAAAUUGCAGAAGCUCAGCAGCUGCUGACUAUCUGCCGGGAGUAUGUAGUUGGUCUACAGAUGGAAACUGUCCGGAAAACGUUGCCCAAAGCGACACUCGAUGAGCAGAAGCGUAUUUGUGAGUUGGCAGCAUACUUCACGCACGUGAAUCUGCAGCCUGUGCAUCAGAUACUUACCCUUCGCACGGCUUUGAACUUGUUCUUCAAGCUGAAGAACUACAAAACCGCAGCGUCUUUUGCACGGCGUUUGCUCGAGCUUGGUCCACGCCCGGAGGUCGCACAGCAGGCUCGCAAAAUAUUGCAGGCCUGUGAGAUGAACGAAGCUGAUGAACACCCGUUGCACUAUGAUGAGCACAAUCCGUUUACGCUCUGUGCGGUCACAUACAGACCAAUUUAUCGCGGUAAACCGGAGGAAAAAUGUUCUCUCUGCUCAGCUUCCUACCAACCUCCAUACAAGGGUAUUGCGUGUGUCGUAUGCAAAGUGGCAGAGGUGGGCAAGGAUGUAAUAGGUUUAAGGAUUAGUGCUUCGCAAUUUAAGUAGUGCUAGAACGAUUUUGCUUAUCGACGACGCA